AUGGAUAAGUGGUUAAUAAAACCAAGUACCGGUUCCAUAAGAAACACCAACCAAGAGUCGAGUGAUGUAAGUACAAGUUCUAAUAUUGAUUCUAAUAAAUGGUCGUCCGAUGCGCAAAGUAAUUCUCUUACAAAAAAAAAGGGGGCCUGGACUCGACAGUAUUUUGAAAAUUACAUUCAAUUUGGCUUUAUCGAGGGCGAUGAUAACAAACCAUUAUGUGUAAUAUGUAAUGCAGAACUUUCAAACGAGUCCAUGAAGCCUUCGAAGUUGAAGAGGCAUUUAGAAUUGAAGCAUCCUGAAUACAAAGAAAAGCCUAUAGAUUUUUUCAUUAACAGGAGAAGACAAUUAAAAAGUUCCAAAAAAAAUAUGACUUCAAUGUUUUCACUUAGUCCUCAAACUGAAAACCUUGUAUUGGCUUCUUAUGAAAUAUCAAAAUUAAUUGCUGAAACGGGUUAUCCACACACAAUCGGUGAAAAAUUAAUACUUCCGGCAAUGAAAAUAAUUUCAUCUCGAAUAUGCGAAAAAAAAACAGGAAAAACAAGUAAAUUUGUUGGCGUUGUCGAAUAA